AUGGAUUUGGGAGCUCGCCAGCGCACGCGACAGUCGUGGCGGCGCCGUGCCGGCUCAGCAGACGUAACGCCCGCGCUCGCAGAGGUGCCCGUCGGCGACCCGGCUCGGCCGGCGGCGUCCUUCGCCACGCCCGCCGUGUUCCGCGGGCUGUGCUCGGCAUGGCCUGCGUGCCGCUGGACGGAGCAGUCGCUCGCUCGCGCGCUGCCGACGGUUCGCGUGUCGCGCUCUCGCUCGGGCGAGUACCCGCGCGACAGCGCCUCGGGGAAGCCUUGCCCUAUGGAGACGGUGCCGACGGCUCGCUUCCUGGCCGCGUUGCGGGAGGGGCCUCCGACGGUGUACGUGCACGGCGAGGUGCUGCCCGACGCGCUCCUCGCCGACUGCCCGCCGCCGCACCCGCUGCUCAGAGGAGAGAGGGUGGCGCGGCGCUCGCUCUGGCUUUCCGGCGACGGUGCGCGCUCCCCGCUGCACUACGAUCUCCCGAUGGUGCUCCUCUGCCAGCUCCAUGGCCGCAAGCGGGUGACGCUCUACUCUCCGCGCUACCACGACCUGAUGCGGCCUCAGUGCAGCACUUGGCCCGCGCUGACGGCGCAGGAGCGCAUCGCGGGUACGUCGCUCGGGGCUGCGGAGCUGCGGGGUUGCGAGGGUCUCAUCGUAGAGCUGCGGCCAGGCGACGCUCUGCUGAUGCCGAGCGGCUGGUGGCACGAGGUUGAGAGCGUCGGCGACGCGCGCGACCGCCUCUGUGCGUCCGUCGGCCUCAACUGGCCCUCGAUCGCGGACGCGCUCCCCGCAUUCGCGUCGCACCGCGAUGCAGUGAGGGCGUACCCCGUCCUCACGCAGGGGCGGGUGGUGGCGAUGAUGCACGGCGAGGCGAAGGCGAGGGCCGCCCUGCCGCGAGCACAGUACGACCUGCCCGUGUUUGCGGAGUGA